CUAACACAAAAACUACAAAACGCAACGCCUAAAAUGUUUUUCCUUUAACCUUUUACCCUCUCCUUCGCAACAUUUUCCAGGAAGCAAAUCUGCCGCAAGAGAGAGAUGGGGAAGAACAAUAAGAUCGGAAGCGUCGUACUAAUCCGUCAGAUGCUGAAACAAUGGCGGAAGAAAGCUCACAACGACACUGUUUCCGACGUACCUCCUGGCCACGUGGCGGUUUCCGUCGGCGAGAAUCGGCGGAGGUACGUCGUCCGCGCGAAGCAUCUGAACCAUCCGAUCUUCCGGCGGCUCCUCGCGGAGGCGGAGGAGGAGUACGGAUUCUCCAAUGCUGGUUUGUUAGCGAUCCCUUGCGAGGAGUCGUUGUUCGAGGAGAUCGUUAAGGUCGUGACUCGGUCGGACUCGGUUGUGGAUACGGCGUCGUUCGAGGAUAUAAGGAGAUGCAGACACGUGGGGAUGGGGAGGAAGGUGGAGUAUUUAGGCGAAUCUCGGCCGUUGCUUCCUGGGAUUGCUGAGAAGUCUGUAUGUUGAAAAGACGAACCGGAAUCUGUUUUAAUUUGCAAACCGGAUUUGAUUGAAUGCUUUGGUUAGAGAGAAUUUUUUUAAUCUCUAAUUGGAGAUUUGGUUAAGUCUUUUGUUUUUUUUUGGUUUUGCUAAUUUUUAUGGUUUAGUUUGACAGGGAAGUUAAGGAGAUGACAAUUAGUGGUUUGAUUGUUUUUUUUUUAUUUGGUUUAUAUCGCUAAUGUCAUCCCAGGAUUGAAAGAAAAGAUUGAAGGAGAUGGUGUUUGGUUCGAGAGCCUCAGUUUUUAGAUAUUUUGGAUUUAGUCAAAAAUCCUUUUUAUUUUGUUUUUGGCUAUUUCAUUUUGUAUCUUCAGAUUUCUGGAUUUGU